CUAAAACCUCUUCCACUCAUAACCCUCACUGGCUUCUUUUCUCUGUUUCUUGUGGUGAAGUUUUGUCCUGAAGUUCUUUUCCAAUGGCUGGAAAAUUCAAACUCCUGUCUUUCGCUUGGCUAGCCUGUCUUGUUUUGGCUGGUUCAUCCACAAACACGGCACCUUCUCCAACAACAACAACUACAGCUUCAGUUGAUUCAUCCACAACCCCGGUUCCUUCUACAACAACAACAACUACAGCUUCGGUUGGUUCAUCCACAACCCUGGUACCUUCUACAACAACAACAGCUUUGGUUGGGUCAUCCACAACCCCGGCACCUUCUUCAACAACAACAGCAGUUUCAGUUGGUUCAUCCACAACCCCGGCACCUUCUUCAACAACAACAACAGUUUCAGUUGGUUCAUCCACAACCCCAGCACCUUCAACAACAACAACAGUUUCGGUUGGUUCAUCCACAACCCCGGUACCUUCUUCAACAACAACAGCUUCGGUUGGUUCAUCCACAACCCCGGCACCUUCUACAACAACAACAGCUUUGGUUGGUUCAUCCACAACCCCGGUACCUUCUUCAACAACAACAGCUUUGGUUGGUUCAUCCACAACCCCUGCACCUUCUACAACAACAACAGCUUCGGUUGGUUCAUCCACAACCCCGGCACCUUCUUCAACAACAACAGCUUCGGUUGGUUCAUCCACAACCUCGGUACCUUCUUCAACAACAACAGCUUCGGUUGGUUCAUCCACAACCCCGGCACCUUCUACAACAACAACAGCUUCGGUUGGUUCAUCCACAACCCCAGUACCUUCUUCAACAACAACAGCUUUGGUUGGUUCAUCCACAACCCUGGUACCUUCUUCAAUAGCACCAGGUUCGGUUGGUUCAUCCACAACCCUGGUACCUUCUUCAACAACAGCACCAGGUCCCUGUAAUCCAAACCCAUGCGGCCAGGGGAGCACCUGUGACGUUCGAGCCAAAGAAACCUUUGUAUGCUUGUGCUUGGCUGGUGAUAACUACAAUUAUGUCAGCAAAAGCUGUGAGAAUGCCAAAGUUUUCCCUGGACAACUAGACCUCCCUCGUUUAGAAUAUGAAAACAAUAUGAGUGACAAGACAUCCCCAGAAUUUGAAGAAGCUCUCCAGAAUAUUACUGCUAUGCUGUUAACUGUUUUUGAUCCAUCUGAUGGUUACUCUAAUACUACAGUGCUGGAACUCAAGCCAACUGGACAGAGCAAAGUUGGGUCAAGGUCAUCAAACGGGGUCACUGCAUCUGUAGAGAUCAUCUUCAACACAAAUUCUAACAUCACAACAGACGAAGUUAAGAACAAAAUGGUUAAUGCCAGUAAAUGUGACUCUUGUCUACUGCGUGAUGCAACUUUCCAAAACACAGAACUGUGUGAUAAGAAUCCCUGUGAUAAGACAACUACAGAGUGCACAUCAGAAAAUGGAUCUUAUAAGUGUACCUGCACGAAAAACUACAUCAACACGGACUUCAGUGACAGAAUAUGCAUUGCUUGUCCCAGUGGGACACAAGCACAGGACUCUCUCAGAUGUGUCGACUGUCCAUAUGGUUAUUCUGGUUUGAACUGCAGUGAACCAUGGCAUCUUGUGCUGGUAAUUGUUGGCUCUGUGUCCGGGAUCCUGCUGAUCAUCGCAGUCAUCCUUCUGAUUGUACUGGCACUCAAACCCUCAAAGAAGAUAUCCAAGAAGAAAAAAAAUGCAGACACUGGGAAGCCUUAUGUCAGUCACCCUCCUGCCAAGUCACCAUUGGUUAACGGUAACAGCAGCUCAGUCAACAGCCAGGCACCCUCAUUUAAUGGGUUGGCCUUAGGUGGUGCUGGGGUGCCCAGAAUCCCACGGGCCACGGCCACCAGUAGCUGGGACAGCAGGACCAACCUGGAGAUGACUCCAAGCAACAGCCGGCAAAACCUGAUCCCCGUGGGCAGGAAUCCGCAGCUGGACGACGACCAAGACGACAUGAGCCCAUACACUCAGUCUCGACCUCAGAGCAGCCUCUACUCUCAAACACGACCCCAGAACAACCCAUACGCCCAGAAUCGACCUCAGAUCAACCCGUAUGCUCAGAACCAGGGCAAGACCAACCCUUAUUACACGCAUGACAAUGAAAGGUGGAUGAACUAA